AUGUGUGCUGUUCGAAGUUUGUUCUGGCCCGAAAAUAUUCCAGGCGGCGUAUAUAGCCACAUCAACUUUGCUUUCGCAACCAUUGAUCCGGAAACCUUCGAAGUCAAACCAGCCGAUGAGCGAGAUGUCGAGCUGUACACCCGGGUGACCGACUUGAAAAAGGGCGAUCCAAACUUGGAAGUCUUUAUCGCAAUAGGGGGUUGGACAUUCAACGAUCCAGGCCCGACACAGACAGUCUUUUCCGACAUUGCUAGAUCUGUGGCGAAUCAGAAAAAGUUCAUCAAUUCCCUAGUAUCAUUCAUGUCCACCUACGAUUUUGAUGGAAUGGACCUGGAUUGGGAAUACCCUGAGGCAACCGACCGCAAUGGCCGUCCUGAGGAUUUCAAAAAUUUCCCUAAGUUUAUUGCAAACCUGAGAAAGGCUCUAGAUCACACAGGUGGUCGAAAUGGGAUUUCAAUCACUCUCCCGGCGUCAUACUGGUACUUACAACACUUCGAUGUCAAGGCUCUGGCAAAGUCAGUCAGCUUCUUUAAUAUAAUGUCCUACGAUCUCCACGGCACCUGGGACUUAGGGAAUAAAUGGACCGGGGGAUAUCUAAAUGCGCAUACAAAUCUCACAGAGAUUGACCUCGCUUUAGAUCUACUCUGGAGAAAUGACAUUCAAAAAGGCAUGGUUGUCAUGGGGCUAGCCUUCUACGGUCGGACAUACACCAUCGAUCCUUCCUGCACAGAUCCCGGAUACAUCUAUCUAUCUGGUGGUAUCAAAGGAGCUUGCAGUCGAGAGGUCGGAGUCUUGCUUAACAAUGAGAUAGACCAGAUCCGCGAAGCUAAAGGAGGUAAGCCCACUUUGGAUCGGGAUGCUACCGUGAAAAUAUACACUUGGGAUAACCAGUGGGUUUCCUACGAUGAUGUCGAUACAUUCAAACUGAAAACGAACUUUGCCCGAAAACGAUGCCUUGGUGGUGUCAUGGUCUGGGCAAUCAGCCAUGACACCAAAAACGCGACUUACUCCAAAGCGUUGGGCACCGUCACUGGAUACAUUGGUAACAUCCAAUAUGACUAUGACUCUGGCAAAGUCACAGAGAAAAAUCAUCACGACCAAUGCCAUUGGACAAAUUGUGGCAUACCAUGUCCUGCCGGCUGGCAUAUGAUCCAGCGUACCGAUAAAUGGAAAAACUACGACGGCGAACCGAUGAUAGAUGCAUCGGCAUGUGGAGAGGGUCUCGGCUAUCGAUCAUGGUGCUGUCCGCCGGGAAAGUCCCCUACCUGCGGUUGGUAUGAAUUCAAUGAUGGCAUCUGUGACGGUGGAUGCGCAAGUGACAUGAAAGAAAUCGGCUCUACAAGGUCGGGUUGUCGCCAGGACACUCAUCAGACAGCGUGCUGCACCAGCGGUAUACCCUCCAUGGCGCUUUAUGACAGUUGUGAAUGGGGGGGUAGUCCUGCGUGUGAGUCCGGCGCAUGUGCCGGCAAGGGGAGCACAAUGCAAACAGAGCUUGGCAAGUCUGGGACUGGUAGUGGAGGAAAUUUCUGUCAGGAUCACACUGGCAAAAACAACGACUAUUGGCCAAGUCUGCAGCUUGGUGAGCAGAAAUACUGCUGUAAUACGGAGAAAGAAGAAAAGAGAUGGCAGAACUGUGAAUGGGUCUACCAUUUUGGAUAUAUCGACAAGGAUAUGAGUUGUGUUGGCUUUUGUCCAGCAGGGAAAGUCAAGGUAGCUAUGGAUACUUAUAAUCACGGUUGCUAUCAAAGUGGAUAUGGGACCUAUUGUUGCGAAUCAAGCUACUAUACUGAGACAACGCGGUACUCUGACGAGGUGCAGUAUUUCAAAAAUGCCCUCAAGGCAUGGGGAAACAAUCCAACUUGCGCAGUCAAACCUGAUUUGAAGCAAGGGCACAUCGAGACUACAGCCCUGGCGACCAUAGACAAAACUGAAACACCAGCCCAAAGGAUUCGAUCAUUCAUUCUAAGCAUGGUGGUUGCGUACCAUAUGGAGCGGCUGGGCAAAGGCUGGUCAAACCUCGCAUGUGACGACUUAUACGCGAACUUGCAGGAUAAUUCCGAGCACGAGGCUUAUCUGGUUCAAUACGGGAGCUACAAUGUUUCACAAUCGCUCACCUGUGAUCCCGAGAAUUGGAAUGACUUGCUUCAAGGUGGCAAUGAAGAUGACAUUGUCUGUGAUUUCGACUCCUGUAUUUCCGACCCAUUUUUGUGCACAGAAGAAGGAUUUGACAAUCCUUAUUUCACGCAAAAUAGCAAACAAAGCAUCCAUCAGCAUACCCAAUGGGCAGACCAGGUCCCUCACCUAUUGGGAAAGCGGACGCCCGAACAUGAGGACUCUUUUCUCUGUGAUGAUGGCACGAUCAAGGUUGUCAUCAGAUUUUGGAGACAGGCAUAUCCAAGCAGCGGAGAAUGGCCCACUGCUAACACAAUCUACGACGAAGCAAUUGAUAAUGAGGACGUUGAAUGCACAAAUACUGAGACUAACGUUCAAACAAUAGUCCUGGCAGACAACACAGACUACCAUACUGAGCACAUCAUCGAGCUCCAAUCCAUGCCCCUUUUCUUCGCAUGGCUUGUCAGUAAUAUCAAGUGCCAAAUUGACUGCGACUUCUUCUUGAACUUUUUCAACAAGAAUGUCCUGAGUGGAACUACCGCAAUGCCGGGAGGUUACAACCCAGGCACUCCAUCUCUGCGAAUCAUGGAGGCCCUUGGGAGCUGGACAAACGACAAAAAGUUCCGUUUGUUGCAAAGAAGGUUGAAUGGCAUGAAAGCCCAGCUGUGGCGUCUUGUUGCUCCUGUGGAGGAAAAGAAAUGGGGCACUGCCGUUGGGAAGGCAGAUCCAGCGGAGGCAAUCACUGCAAUCAAGAAGGUAAGGCCGUUUCGCCGUGGUCAUCUCCGUGUUCAAUUAUCUGAAAAUAACGAAGUUUGGAGUCGAUUGAAGGCCACCAAUAAAUUGAUUCGACAGGAAUUGAAAUCUACGCAAGACGCUUAUAACAAAGCUACUGGAAAAAAUACCAAAAUCUUGGACUGUUGGGAUGAGUGGUUUGCCGAACAUUUAAGCACAAUUGUUGAUCAUGCGACUGAUUGGCUCACGGAUGCACUGGAUGACAUGGAGAAUGAAUGGAGUGGGAAGAAAGACAAACUUAAAGCCAAAGUGAUACGGAUUAUCAAGGGUCUUCGUACCCAAGUGGGAAAGAAGGUCAAACUCGAUCUCAAUGACCUAUAUUAA